AUGGAAACCGUCCGAAACAUCCAAAAUCCAAUACCGUCGGCGCUCCUCAAGCCUUCAAGGUGGCUUUCGAUCUAUGAGGACUUUGUCACCAAGAAUGCGAGCUCCGUUGGCCAGGUUGAGUCUGCCCUGAGGUCCCUGACGUACAUCAUCCCAGGUCGAUACCGUGAAUCAGAAAUACCCUCAGAAUGUGUGCACUCCGGCGUCCAGUUAUUAUCGCUAUAUCAUGACUCGUUGGUCUCCAAAGUCGUUGAUCGACUUCCAUCGACUGUACCUCGGCCGCCGCCCACUCCUCACUCCCGAUACACCAAAUACUGGACCUCUAGGUCCUCACUGUAUCGCAAGGUAGCGCUUGCGCUUCAGAUGCUUCAAUACACUGAGCUUCUGUGGGAGAUGGCUGCACGACGACGGGGUCAGAAGACCCGUUGGCGCGUGGUUGUCUUCAUUGAAUUCGCAAAAGCCAUUUGCCGCCUGCUUCUUCUCCGGUUGACCAACUCCCGACCUCUUGUCAGCCCGCCUCUUCCAGAACGCGAGGUGGACCCCAGAACCACAGAAGAGGAGGAACCCCAGAGCGACUGGAAUGGAAUGGACACUCCUGUGAGCGAUCCAUCUUCCGAUAUGAGUUGGACGAUGCCUCGUACCGGAUUAUCCCUGCCAUCUUUGCCUGAAGUGAACGACGUGUCAAACUACCUCAUCUCCAAGGUGCUUACAGCGGAUGAUAUCAAACCUCCCAAAGCGCUCCUUCACCGGGCCACCGGGCAAGGACAGUUGGCCGAAGUGCUGUAUAUUCUCCGGCCAGUCAUUUACGCAAUGGCGAUGCAGCGAUGGAGAGGUGACAAGCGAAGCUGGCGUCCAUGGCUCAUUGGAUUCGGCAUGGAAUACGGAUGUCGCCAGCUUGCAAAGCGUGAUUUCCGUGAGCGGGUCGCGGGUGGUCUCCGGGGCCUCACUGGACUCGAGCGAGAGGAAUUGAAGAAGCGUGGAUGGUCAAUGGGAUGGUGGAUGAUGCGCGGUGCAUUCUAUGAAAACAUCACAAAGUCCUGGCUCCAUAGCAUCACUGGAAAGAUGAAGGGCAAGCCAUUGUUGGACUUGGUGGGCAGCAUCGUUGAUGAUUACGAAUACCUCUGGGACAACUUCUACUUUUCGACUGCCACUCUGUGA